GCGGCUUAGUUUUUUUUUUGAUAAUAUAUUUGCGCUAAACUUAAAUUAAAAGAUCUGCAGAAUGCCGUUUAUGAAAGGACGCGAACCUGUGCGUCGCACGCUCAAGUACUUGAAUGCCGGCAAGCUAGUGUUAAAGGAGAAAGUGCGCAUUUUCAGCGUCAAUUACAAUACAUACGGCGAACAUCAUGCUGGCGCGAGAGACUUUGUGUUCUGGAAUAUACCACAGAUACAAUUCAAGAAUCCUGCAGUGCAGGUGGUCACAUUGAAGAACAUGACGCCCUCACCAUUUGUGCGAUGUUAUUUCGACGACGGCCGCGACAUGCUCAUUGACAUCGACAGCCGGGAUCGGGACCAAAUUAUUGAACAUCUCGUCAAAGUAGUGGGCAAGACGCGGGAGCAACUGGCAGCUGAGGCGCAUCUUGCGGAGAGUAAAGACAAUCCCGCGAAUUUUGGCUAUGGCUGCGAUCGUCAUUGCAUUUGCGAAAUACCUGGCCAGGUGACAUGUCCUGGCAUUGUUCCUCUGCCCAAUAAUAUGCGUGGAAAAUUCAUAUUUGCGCCGAAGUAGGACGCUUCGUACGGAUCGCACCCCCUAGAUUUUUUCUACCAACAUUUGAUUUACAAACGAACUAUAAAUAAAUAUAUUGUUAUAAAUUAAACAUGUAUAAAUGAUUACGUCAGACUGUA